CUGGCUUCCGCAAAACAGUAUAAUACAAGCGGUGAUGCAUGUCCCAUCAGGCGCAUUUGCAGUUUCUAUCUUCAUUUAUCUUUGCGUUAGCUCGUAAGCUGUAAUGAACGAUUCGAAAGAAGCUGUUGAGAUGAAAAAGCCGAUGGGCAGACACUCCAAAGGUUACCAAUUUAUUCCAUGUCUGCUCUGGUCAUCCCUCUGCAAUUUGUAUUUGCGUCUUCUGAAACGCUUCUUUGGUUGGUACUGUGUAAAGAUUGCCAGACAUCCUGCGAUAACAAUCCAAAUAUGCGUCAUAUUCAUCGGUAUCUGUUCUAUGGGUUUUAUGUGGUUCCAUUCAGAAGACAGAACGGUAAAAUUGUUCAUCCCUCAAAACAGUAGAGCCAUAGACGACUUAGAAACUGCUGAGAAAUACUUUCGAGUCGAUUUUCGAGAGGAAAUCAUCCUUUUAACGGUAUCACCUGGUCAUCCCAAUGUUCUUUCUCCUAAAUGUGUGAGGCAGGCCUUUCAAGCUCAUAAUGCAGUUAUGGGAAUUGAAUCUUAUUCCCACUUCUGCGUCACACUCUCUGGGAACAAAUCUAGAUCCCUAAACGAUUGUAUGAUGAUCAACCCACUGGAAUUUCUACAGUUCAAUGAAAGCAAAGUGAGCAGCGAUAAUAUUGAAGUGGUUCAACAGGAAUUGAACAAGGCUUACAAUGACACAAGCUCACUUAUGCGGAAUGGACGCCCAUUCUGGUUAAACUUCGACCGCAUGUUUGGGGAUGCGAAUCGAACACAAGGAAGCAUAACAGGCGCCAAAGCAUUGCAAAUGAUUUAUCUCCUCCGUAAUCCCAAGGAUGAUGAUGCAAAUGAAAAGGUUCUCCAAUGGGAAAAGACUUUUGUAGAUAAACUGGCCUCAUUGGUAGACAAACUGUCAUGCUUCAAAGUCCAUUAUUCAAGUGAAAGGAGCAUGGAUGAUGCCAUAAGUGAAAGCACUGGGUCUGAUGUCAGUCUAGUGUCAGUCACUUAUAGCCUUAUGAUUUCUUUUGCUUGCAUCAUGCUAGGAAAGUUCUUGAAUCCGCUGACUGGCCAUUCUCUACUUGCCACCGCAGGAGUGUUUGCAGUGGCCCUUGGUAUUUUAGCUGGACUUGGCCUUGGUAUGUGGUUCCGAGUUCCCUUCCCCAGUAUGGUGGGAAUAGUGCCUUUCCUGGUCCUUAGUAUCGGCAUAGAUGACAUGUUUAUCAUGGUAGACGACCUUGAUCGACAACCAUGUGGGCUGUCGACAAUUGAGAAAAUCAAAGCAGUUAUGAAGCAUUCAGGAGCAACUGUAACCAUGACAACUAUGACUGACUUAGUAGCAUUUGCAGUUAGUACAUCUUCCUCAUUUCCAGCAAUCAGGUAUUUCUGUACUUAUGCUGCUUUGACAGUGACAUUUUCCUUCCUGAUGGUUGUCACAUUCUUUGUUGCUAUUAUGACAUAUGACAUGAGACGAAUUAAAUCCGGACGCAGAGAUUGUAUCCCACUUCUCCUGGCGCCUCCACCAAAAGAGGGUAUGCCAGCCUGGGAAGAACCUCUUCCACAGACUUCAAAUCGACUUAUGAAAUAUUGGGCCACAUUGUUGAUGCUUCCAGUCACAAAAGUUGUGGUCAUACUAUUGUCACUGACAUUGCUUGCUGCUGGAAUAUAUGGGGUCACCCAGGUGGAGGAGUCUUUUGAUGAGCGCAUGCUGGCUAAAGAUGAUUCUUACUUGAAGAAAUUCUUGACAGUUCAAAACAAAUACUUUGGAAGUGGAAUGGAAGUGAAUCUUAUAGAGACUGGUAAAGUUGAUUACAAGCUAGAAUCAACCCAGGAAAGCAUCAAACAGCUGACAAACAUCUUGAUUGAAAAUGAAUAUUACCAGAACCAAUCAAUAUCCUGGAUGGGCACAUUUUAUCAGUAUGCCAAGAUGUCUAAGAAAAACAUUACUGGCUCAGGAUUUCUACGCGAACUGAAACAAUUCCUCCAAAUUCCCACCUUUUCUUAUUACAGGCAGGACCUGAGGUUUUCAGAGGAUGGAAAGAAAAUAGAAGCUUCUCGUGUCAUUGGUUUUAUGAAGAAUUCCAGCAGCUCCACUUUCCAUAAGAAUGCAAUGCUCACACUCCGUGAAGACAUUGAAAAGAAAACAUACCUGAAAGCCUUUCCGAUAGUUCGAUAUUUCAUAUUUUUUGAAAUGUAUGCUAUUGUGAUAAAGGAGACCAUACGAAACCUGAUUAUAUCAGCCUUAGCAGUGUUUAUUAUCACAAGCCCCUUCUUAGUAGACUGUGCGGUGACGCUCCUGGUGAUGGUAAACUUCGCAGCCCUGGUUUGCGAGUUGUUCGGUUUGAUGGUAAUCUGGGAUGUGGCUCUGAAUGCUGUGUCCAUGAUUAACCUUAUUAUGGCUAUUGGCUUUGCAGUUGAUUACAAUGCACACAUUGCUCAUGCCUACAUAACAUCAAACAAGGCAACUGCCAAUGAGCGAGUAGUGGAUGCACUGACUACACUGGGUGCAAGUGUUUUUAUGGGAGGAUUCAGUACCUUCCUUGGCAUGGUUGUCCUUGUUUUCACUGAUUCAGAGCUUUUCCGCAUAUUCUUUCGAAUGUUUUUUGGCAUUGUUGUGCUUGGCCUUCUUCAUGGCUUGUGUAUCCUGCCUGUUUACCUGUCCUUCCUCUGCUGGAGACCUGCUGUUAUCACAACUCUCUCGGUGGGGGACAUUUCUGGUAAACAUGGAGAAGGAAAAGAAUCAGAAAAUCCCACCAAUGAAAAUGACAGAUUACAAUUAACAUCACGUCAACAAAUGGACUCAACCAGACAUGUCAACGAUGCAUUAUUUCAAUCACAUCAGCACCCAAACUCUCAGGAUGAUAAACCAGCCAGCCAACAGAAAGAAAACGUUGCUGUUGAGAUAGGAAUUCAAAAUAUGGGGAUUGAAGAAGACUCAAGAAACACACAAAGCAACAACAUUGUUUCCAGCAUGUCAGCAGAAGACCCUGAGUAGGAGACUAAGAGCACAGAUGGACCAGCCAACUAACAGACAGUGAAGAAUGGUCUCAAUAUACCAAUUCAAAACCUGGGAUAUGAUGUAGAUGAGCAUGAGGCUGAGAUGAACAUAACAGAGACAGAAGGUAAAAUCAAACAGCCCUAUGACUAACUCAAACACAUUUUGAAUGAAGAUGAGUGUUCUUGGACUGAAAAAGAGCCCCAAAUUACAUCACUUUAAAUUUGCUACUACUAGCUAAAUCUUGCUAGAAAACAUUGCAAUUUAAAUUUGAGGAAGGUUUGAAAGCUGGAGUGUUAGGAGUGUAGAGUGUUAAGCUGACAAUUGACAAGAUGCAGCUGUAUCAAUGUGCUUAAAUUGAAAAUCAGUGUAGAUAUUUUGACAGUUUGCCAAAAUUACUUAGUUAGCGUGAAACUUUGGGUAUGAUACUUUUGGAACUAGUAAUUCCAUAGGACAAUCACAGUUUAGUGACCAUUCAUUAGUUGGUAAUUGUGAAGGACAACUCCCUGAAAAGAAAGUUUGCUGACAGUUGUAAGCACACCUGUUGGCCACAGUUGAUCUGUUGGUUAUCUGUCUGUAAAUUGUCAGUAACAACAUUACUGUCAGCUGACUGUUGGGUGACAGGUGUGCUUAAACUGUUGACUGUAAGUCAACUGACUCUUGGCUAACAGUCCACUGACAGUUGGUUGACCCACUUUGUACAAACUGCCAGCCAACUGUUGACAGACUAUUGGCCGCCUGUCAACUGACUGUCAGCCAAAAGUUUGAAGCACAGUUGUCAGGUGACAGUCAGUAAUCUGUUAUUGAUCUGUCAGUAAGUUGUUGGUAACAAUAUUAUUGUAUUACCACAUUUAUAAUCUAAACUUCAGGGCAUGUAGAGGCUACAUUGGAUUGAAAGUUUAGGCCACAUUUAGUGCCAGUUCUUACAAGGGUUGCGGAAAUACUGGUGUUGCAAUCUGCCAUAUUGCAAAGGUUAUAAAGACCCCAUGAGUUCACUUAAUGCAGUUUGCACAUGCACAAACUGAUAAAUGUAUUAUAGAGCAGGCAAAUAGAGAGGGAGGACGAGGACAUGGUUGAUCAGUACAGUCAAAGUUUUGUUUUAGAUGUUAAUUUGCGGGUAUAUCGCCAAUUUGUAACCUUUCUGAGGGGGGCAUUGGAGCCUAUUAGAAGCUGCAAAACUGUAGAAAACAAUCAUCCAGAACCCAAAAACCCCCCAAAAAUUUGAUCAAAACUGAAAACCGCACGCAAAGCUACAUUUUCACAUCCCAGUCAUCAAAAGCCUGAUCGAUCCAAUACGGUGGUGACAAGGGGAGCAUACCUACACUAAUUUCAAAAAAUGGAACUAGCUGUCCCUUAAUCAAUCAGAACUUGCACCAGCCUUGCUACUUUUGAGAAACAAGUUGAUAGAAACAAUUAAAAUUUUUAGCAAAGCUUUUGGUAGUAGUUGUUGUCUUGAAUGCAAUGUAAAUAUUUACAGCUUUUAGUGCUAUAUAUUAUCAAAUUAAUUACUAUCAUUAUUAAUUAUAACAUUCGAGCAGGCAGAUUUCACAGUGUGAUUACUUCUGUCUUAAGAUCUAGUGGGAGACAGAUGCAUAGAUGAUGUCAUCAUUAACAAUUUUUUGGUCCUUCAUUGUACAAAAGAAAUAAAUUCUGAAUUGCUGUGGGUGCGCAAAGUUAGAGAUCACAGAGGAUAUGAAAAUGUGGUAAGAACGUCAAUGACAUGGUCAGCUCCCCAUCAUGUGCUACUUUUUUGUUCUAAUCAUAUUUUGACAUCACUGUGAUCUAUUACAUACUGAACAGAUGCACAGAAACAUUAAAGACAAUUUUACAUGAGUUAAGGCAACUUGGGUAGAAUCAGGUGACUUCAGGCAACUUUGAGCAACUUCAGGUAACUUAACACACCCACACAGAACAAACAAAACAAAAUAUUUCUGACAACCACUGAGAUCCACGAUCCAAACUUUAUCACAUGCAAGAUCCAGAAUCCGGGCCCAACAAAUCGAUGAAAACUGCAAAUUGCUGCAAUCCCAGGAUCUGCAAAUGCGCUUUUGAUCUGAAUCCAAAAUCUGGGCAAAAAUACUGCUGAUCCCUAGGCCUAUUCCUCCCCUCUGCAAGGUUAGAAUUGAAAAUCAGCAAAAGGACAACAAGAAUUUAAGCAAAGGGAGAGUGCUUAGGGAUGUUGGAGAUUUACAUGAAUUGCUCAUAUGAACUUCACUCUCUUCCCCCUUUGGUAGCCAAGAUUAGCUCAAAAAUAACUUUUCA